UAUUCGGUACGUCGCACGGAACGGGUGUUCGCUGCGUCCAGUUCCAGGGGCCAUCUCCUGGUAGUACUGUGUUAGAAUUUGGAGCAUUUCCGAGGAUUACAAGUGGACGGAUGUGAGCAAAAAUUCCAUUGUUUGUUACAUUGCGUUUAAAUUCGGUGUAGAAAAGGUGCACUGAAUUGUGGUGGAUGCGGAUGUGUUUGACCUCUUCUUCCGAGGUUGAAAAACUAGGUCCACCUGAGAAGGCUCAACACUGCUGCUGAUUCAGAUGCGGUUGCUGGGUCACGGAAGCUGUGGUUUUUGCUGUUGCAGAUUCGAGGCAAAAUGAGCGCACUUGCACACUGACAAAACAACGAUAAGAGUCGUUCGUUGGGCUGAAGUGAGUGGGAAGUGAAAAUCUACGCUAAUACUGUGUUGGCUGGGUAAACUGUGCUUCCCGUGGCUUAAUUCUGUUUUUCAUAGCAAGUUUAAUGUUUUCGCAGUGUUUCAGUUCAGUGUAAUGUCGGAAAAGAUUCUCGAAUUCAGCAAAAACGUCAAACUGCGAUCAUAAUUUACAUAAGUAGCAUGCAUAAUUGAUUGAGUUAGAGUCCAGAGUAUUCCGAAUUCCGUUUUAAAUCUUUGGAUCGCAUUGUGUGGAAAUUGUGCUUUUCGACGAAAAAAAAGUUUGGUUUUUUGGACUGCACACCAACCAAUACAUAAGCAGGGGAAAACGCUCCAAUCCGGAGACUUGGCAUCAUCAUCAUAAACCCCACGUCAUAGAGUUAGCAGUGAAACGAGAGAGAGCACGUUGUCGGAUGGUUGUAAGCAACAGACUUUGUGCAGACAACACUGAAGUAUGUAUAAGUAGUGACGUCGACGUCGCCUGUGUAUGAAUAUAUACGUAGGUCUCAAUCGUUAUAUACCACCUGCUGGUUUCCAGAAGCGUGCGUAAAGUUCCAAACGUGCAGUAAAUUUUAUACCGAUAAGCAGUGAGCGACGAAGAGUGAGUGAGAACAUAGCCUCAGGAAGAAGAGCCAAUUGAAAAGGAUCCACUGGGUUCAGGAAGGAAUCCAAGAAGAGGAAUACCUCAAGGGACUAGGUUGGGAAAAAGCGUGGGCUGAGUAAGACGCACGCCCUCCAGUGGGUGAACAAUUUUGGCACAAGGGAAAAUGGUGCCAAGGUCACCGUGACUUUGCGCGCUUGUUGAAAGGAAAUGAAAGUUGAUUUGCACCACAAUAGCAGCAACGCCUCGUCACCCCACUUCUGGAUUGGUGCACUCUGGUGUACAUUCGGUGUCAUCAUAUUCGGUGCCGUGGCUGUAAUUUCAUGUUGGAUAAAAAGAUGCAGAUCCAGUUACCGUCGCAAGAAAAGGAAAAUGCGACGGGCUCAGUCAGCAGCCGAGUUCAAUGAACCUCGAACGGAAGUGCCGACUGCAACGGCGGCAAGCAAACGAAUGCUUUUCAGAGGCCGCUCAGUCAGCUCGGACCACGACAACAACUCGGAAUCGGAACACUCCGAACGUUCACCGUUGGUUAGCGCCAAACUGGACUCGCUGGCCAAGUUGCUGUUCAGCAGAAGUCUGCUCCAGGAAGGGACCAGCUCGUCCGCCAAAGACAAUGAUUCGCCGACAAGGAACAACGUUCGCUACCAGUACACUGCUCUGGACAGCGGUAUUGGAGCGCCGGAUCGGAGUCCCCGGGAACGGGCAGCCAGAGAUCGAGCAUUUACGGCAUGCCAGGAAUGGCUGCAGCACUCUGGAGGCCGUUACGAAGCGAUAGCACACCUAGAUGAUAUCGGGUCACGCUCGAACAAACACUGGUUCCUGCUAAAUGAUUGCACGAUACGCACGGACCGUCUAAUGACGAUGCUUCCAUUACCUCCCGAUUGCAUUGCCUUAGAGGAGCUGCCCCCAUCCGAGUGCCCGCAAGGAAUCCUAAUGGAGCUGCUCGGUUCGCUACAGCACCCGUACAUCUAUCCCGUGUUAGACUUAGGCUUUUUUCCUACCGAGUCCCAUCACUAUGCGUGUCUCGUGAUGCCAUUCAAUCAACGUGGCAGCCUGAAGGAUCUCAUUUAUAAGUCCCAGUGGAACGAACCGUGGAGUCGGAAGUAUACACGAAAAUCCACCUGCCUGCCGCUGUCCCAGGUACAACGAUUAGGCCGUCAAAUUUUAGAAGCCUUGUUGUUUUUAAGGGAACGUGGCAUACCUUCGCACGGUCAUUUGCAUAGCGGAAACGUGAUCCUCCAGAACGGUGUUGCUAGAUUAUCUGGGCUGGAGAACGGUUUGCUGGGCCUGAGCUCCCGAGUGAACGCGGUGAUGUGGGCCCGCUCUGCCCCGGAUAUCGACAACAUCGACGUCAUCUGUUUCGGCCACUUGCUGUUCGAAAUGUGCGCCGGCUACGAGCUGUCCUCGCCCCAGCCAACCCCGGGCCAUUAUCAGCUCGAUCUCGAACGCUAUCCACAGGUUGUUGACGUGCUGCAGAUGAUAUUCGAGUCUCCAGAUGGUCGCUAUCCAACAGUCGAAGAACUGGUCCUUUGUGAUAUAUUUCGCAAUAUCGAUUUAAGAGAACUGCGAGGAACAUGUGUGCCUUCCUUCAAACACGGUUUAAGUAGCUCUACGUUGAGUCUGUUGAACGCCGUACGACGACGACAGGGUGCAACACUUAGUGGGUCAUACAGCGAAGGCAGCUCGCCAUGCACUCCACCGUCGACGCCACGUGAGCGCAAAACCGGUGAUGUAGAAUCCUCCGAUCUGUCUAGUAGUGAUUCCGAAGAUCUGUUAGAUGAAAUAGUUAUAGCAUCAGCCCGUAUCGAUGAUCCCGCCCAUUACGACCCACUGAGCUCGCCGAUACAUUACUGUGACAAUAAUGUUCAGUCGGACGAUAACAGCAAUAGUAAUACAAUCAUUCGUAUAGAUUCGAUCGAGUCCCAGGGCUCGACGUCGUCGUCCGCUGGCUCGAUACAGCUGCAGCAGUUGAAUCCGUCAUCUGCAUUCAAGAACCUAAAGUCCCGCAGGAUGGAGUACAGCCGCCGGGGCAUGAUCCUCGGUCUCAGCAAUCCUUCGCAGGAUUCCGCCUUUGGUUCAAUGACCGACGGCGAGUCUUCCCGGGCGUCCAGCUUUAAACUGAGCAGCUUUGCGUCGAUGAAUUCACCCAUUGACGAAGGCGUUGAAGAUCUGCUGGUAGAAAAUGGAGCGGGAAAUAUUGCGACAACCAUGGCUGGACUGAAGUAUAUCGAUUCAGCAGGGUCUUCUCCGUGCCAUGAUCAUCAUGCUAGCAUUUCUCCAAGGGACACUCAUCCGGGUUCUUCAUCUUCUCGUGAUGCUUCACCGAAUCGUUCGACUCGAUACCUAGAACCACCUAAACUAGUGAUAAACAAUCAUUCAUCUACAACGACCAACGCCUCGCUAUGCUACACAUCAUCACCACUCCGUAAAUGUGCCACAACGGAAGUAUUCUCACAGAAGUACAGGGUAUCUUCGUUUGAAGACAUGUCCUACUCGUCCCGAAUGGCCAAUAAAUCUAUUAAAAAUAGCACACGUAAGAUUUUCCGUUCAUUCGAAGAGGAACGCCGUAUCGAUUCCGCUUUUAUGCCCAUUGAAACAAGCUCCGCCAAUUGUAUCAAUAGGUCUAGUCAGAAUCAACUACAACCGAAAUCACGUCACAAGUCAUCAACGACACUACAUCAUCAGCUGUCGCUACCGCCGACGUUAACGCCGACUUCUCCGAAACAACUUGUUACUCCUGCUCAGUACAAUCAACUAACGAAGAAGAAAAAUGCUUCGUUCCAGAAUCUUCAGAGCUUAGCUAUUCCACGGGACAAAACCUGCCAGUGGCGAAAUAAGCUGAUAAAAUCCAACGAAUGUUUGUUCGAGACAUCCUUCAACAUGUCUCCCUCGUCGACAACUCAGAGUGAGAUUGAUCGACUACUCAGUCAUGGAAGCUCAACGCACGAGCUACCCACAACUUCCGCUGCCGCAGCAGGAGCGGACAUUGAGCGGUUCAUUCUCACUCCGGAACCGGUUGUGAUGGUCUCCCGACAAACCCGUACGCAUCGACAGCAGAUGUUCAGCUUGGCGAAGUUCAAGCACAGUACCAUUUUGGACAGUAUUUCGCUAGAGGACUUUUCUGAAGAAGGAAAGCGCGAAAGUGACCCAACCAUCAGUAGCACAUCAAACUGCUCAACUAAAAGCUGCUCAUGGAACGAUCGAACCGAAAUCGAGGUCCGCAAGCUGGAGAAUUCUUCUACGGAUGAUACCAGCGACCAGGACAGCAGUAGUGUAACCGAUUCGCUACUUCGAUCUCCCAUUAGCAGGCAGGAUCAGCGAAGCCGAUGUGGCGGCGGAAGCGGAAGUAGUAGUGCGGCCGAAAUCCGAAAAUAUCUCGAUGACACUGCAGGCAGUGACGGGGGUUUCGGCAGCGGCAACGAGGAAAAAACACCCCUGCUCGAGGGCAUGGAACUGUCCCCUAUCUCACCUACUGAGUCGGAACAAAUGUUGUGAUAAUAUAGUAUUAGCUCCAGAAACUAUUUUUCUACCGAUUUUAAUUCUGUUCAAUAUGAGGUACUAGUGUAAGCAGAGAGAACUAGUUUUAGGUGAAAAUCGGCGACCCGUUCUGGUGUGUCGGGUGCGAAUGAAAAAAAAAACGAAAAAUUCACGAAAAAAUACAGGUCUUUUAGGGAAACAUUUAGUCAAAUAUUCCUCGAAAUGUAAUCAUUCACUGUAGAACACCUUGAAACAACAAGUUUCGUCGUCAGCUGGUAGCUCAAUUUUAUCGAAAAAAAAUCUCAUAACAAGUCUCGAAUAUUUGAGAGAUACCGUUUUAAAAACAAUUCAGAUAGUCUCUUGAUGAAAAUGAUAUCACAUUAAAAAUCUCCAACUUUCCCUAGUGGAAUUUUCUAACAAACCAAAUCACUAGUUGAACAUCAACAAGUUAACUAAAUAGAAAAGAGACUAGACUAGAAUACAUUUAUCACAAACUAAUAAAGCAUUUGGGUAGUGGAGAAAAACGUAAAGGGUGAGGUAGCGAAAGGGUGAUAGAACUCGGAACAAAUGGAGGCUCAUCGAAUAUAAUACACGAUGCAUUUGCAUUGAUAUCCAACCAGUCACGUUAUUACUAUUUGCCGGUAAAUUGAUUACAAAAAAUGGACAUGUCUGAUCAAUAUAAUAUUACUAGGAACAGAAAAUCGUCAAACCUAUUCGUGACGUGACUGCAGGAAAAGGCAAAACAUGCAAGAAGUCGUCAGCAUUGACCGUUUCUCUUGCAGCAACCUAAUUACUGCUUCAGGGGUUAUAAUAUUUGUUCAUUUUCCAAUAUACUCUUCAGUUCUGAUACAGAACAUUCGAUACACCUUGGUAUAUAGAAGGUCGAUAAUUAAAGUUAACGGUUUCUAACCCAUAAAGCAUUUAUUUCAAAUAAAACGACACUACGGGCUAUGAAGAAUGAAUAAAUUUUAUCGUUUUCCAUCUUCAAGCACUCGGAGUUUAAAUUUUUAUCAUAUUUGUUAAUAUUUUAACUUCUAAUUUAUUUCGACAGCAGAAAAUAGUUUUUGGCCCUUAGCUAGAAUGCUUGAGCUCAGCAAUACCUGAUUAUGAUAAAAAAGUAUUUGGUUUUUGAUACUUAGGAAUGUUUUUGCAUCAUUUUUACAUUGCAGAUGUAACCUUGAGCCCAAAGCAUUUGAUUUUUCAGUUCCCCGGUUCAUCAGUUCAUUUGUUUAUCAGUUCAGCUGAUCUGACAACCGUGAGCGAUCAGUCAAGCUAGAGAUACAGGACAUUGCGCCUUCAACCGUGGUGAAGCCAUCCAAUCGUUCUUUUCCACUACCCAACGCAUCGAAAGAACAGAUGUGGACAACGUCUGGUGGAAUCCAUUUUCGAGAAUGACUUACAAGCGGAAUAUUGCUUUUCAAUAACUAAAUCAACAAAGUUGGGUCUGUCCCAAAGUCAGUGUGGAUCAGAACUGAAGUAUUUGGCAAAAUCAAUCAUAUUGGGCAUUUUAUUCAAUAGUAAAGGUGUCUAAUUUCAUAAUGGAUAAUGUUUAAAAUUCAGGUGUCUCGUUAAGAUCCACUAUUUAUAAUACAAUAUCAUGUCAGCAGAUACGUAAUUCAUCUUCUAUUCGAAGACUUGUUCAGUGUUAGAUAAACCUGUUGGUAACAGUCGAUAAAAAAAAGUCGAAGUAUGUACGUACAUAUCUGCUGACAGAAUAUAGAAAUAGGAAGGGAAGAACUACGGAUUUAAUAUUUAUGUUAUUUUUCCAAAGACAUUUAUAAAGAUGAGAUAAACGACUAAGAAUGGAUACUUAGGAGUUCGAAUUUGAUAUUUAUAAAUGAAGGCCCAAUAAUUCUUCAUCCGCAUGCUAAACAUUUUGAGUUUACCUCAAUUAAAACUUACGUUCCGCAAAUAUAAAGCCCAUUGCAAAGAAAGUCAAUCAACUAUAGAAACCAGUAUCAUACAAUAAAUAAAAUGAUAAACUGAAGCGAGUGAACUUCAAUCGAAAAUAAAAGCCUCUAGUCUUAGUUGAAUGCUACUGAAAAUAGUCCUUAGAGCCAUACGAUAAAUAAAGUCCAGUGAUCACAUAUGUCUAUACUUAUAUAUUUUGGUGAAUAGCGAGUGGUGGAAUCGUUAGACGAAAUUGAUGAUUAUAAAUAACUGGUAAGCAUCAUCGAUUGUUAUAGAGAAUGGACACCGAAAUCAUCGAGCAACUAAUGUUAAACAUUUGUAAUUUUUAGCAUUGAGAUAACGAUAUUACGAUUAGGAAAUUCCGAAAGAAAAAUUGCCAAAACUUCCUAUUGUUUUGUACGAAUAAACCGUUCAAUCCCGAUCCAAAUUUAACUAUUACUUGGUGAUGCAACUUAUGACGUAAAAUCGUUCUCGAUUUAUAUAAUUAAAGAAAUAAACAAAACAAUGCUUAAUCUUAACAUUUUUUUCUUGCAAAUCUAACAUUCUCUCUUCUGAAUGAAAAAUACUGAUCAUGAGAUAAUAACCUCAAGCCGUCCCAAUGAGAUCAAUUACUAUCUUGUUCCAAGUAUAAGCUACAAAAACAUAUUGUCAACAAGACGAUCUUGAGCUUUUUGAACACUAUCUUACAUAGGUUUGUAUUGUUGGUGAUGAUGAAAAUAACAAAUAAGCAUGAAUUAUAAUCAAUAAGAUCCCUUUGCCACAUAUGUUGUUAGAAAUUAUUUGCAAGCAAGCUUUUAUUUUCUAUUCAUCUAAACUUUUUGUGUCAACUUUACAAAACAACAGAAAAAUGCAUCAUUUUCCUCAUGUUGCACCGCAUCAGAAAUGGUAAGCUGGAAUAAAAUCAGACAACCGAGUUAAUUAAAAUACAAACUGUUAUCAAAAAGUUUUAAAGAUUUUAUCGCAAGUUCAAGUGAAAUUAAGAAAAUAGAAUCACUGAAAAUAGAAACCAUUAUGAGCAAAUAAUACAAAAACUUUCCUUUCUGGGUCCAAACCACAUCAGCAUUAGUAUUCACUGCAAUUAUUUGCAUACAAAAAUAUAUCCCCGAUUCACCAACCAUCUAAUACAGAGUACAUACACGAGCCAAGGCAGAGAAUAAUAUAGAACGUAAGAACAAACUUGCAAAAUGCAAUAAUCACUGUGAAGAAUUCAAACAAAACAUGACAUCCAUAUACUCCGAGCUUGAUAUUUAGAAGAGGCAGAAAAAAAACCAGCGAAAGGAGCAAAUAAAUUCGAAUAAAUUUCAAUAACACUAAGCGAAACCUAACGUUAAAGUUAAUAUGUGAUGCCAAAUCCCGAUAUUCCGAAAACAUAGAAACAAUAAUUCUUAUCACUGCUGACAUUAAACAUAAAGCUGUUGAACACUGAACUAGAUCGAAACCAUCAAACACUCUCUAUCUCUACGCCCUGUAACCCAGAACACUGAACCAUAGCAACAAGUGCAGCAUCGACGAGACAGAAAUCAUUUUAUCUUUCACUCCGAGACGAUUAUUAUUCAUAUCAGCAAGGAAAUAGCAAUAAUAAAAAUGAAUGAAAAUUUUGAAAUUCCUCUA